CUGCGGAUUUGCAUAAACUCCCGAUGAGCUCAGGGGAGCAGCUGGAGAGACUCCGGGGCGGCGGGACUCGGGGCGGUUUCACGCCAGAGCGGAGCCGGGCUCUGGUCCCGUUCGGCACCGCGGCUUGGAUCUGGGGUUUUCUCUCCGGAUCGGAGCCGGCUCCCCCGCAAAGCUGGAUUUACAAAGCGGAGUAAAACCCGGGUGUCUUUCCCUUGCCUGCCCAGGGAUUUUCACCUUCCUGGUUUCCAGGGGAUUACAUGGUGUUUGGCGUCUGCGAGGCGGAAGAUCGGAGCGGCCAGGAAAGAAACAAGGAACCGUGCUUCCAGAUGCGGUUUCCAAACGAGAGCUCCAAACCAUCCCGAAAACGUCAAAAGCGGGACGUUUCCACGCAUGAAGACCCUGUUGCCGGCCUAACCUGGCCUGAGGGGCUGAAACCGGGCGGAGCACGAUGAAACCCAUAAUCCUUUGCAGCUUCCUCUUGGUGUCUGUCUGGGUAUCGGAACUGGAGGGGCACUUUGAUCUAGCCAAGUGUCGCUAUGCGCUGGGCAUGCAGGAUCGAACCAUCCCCGAUGAGGAUCUAUCUGCCUCGAGUGCCUGGUCUGACUCCACAGCCGCCAAGCACAGCCGGCUGGACACAAGCGACGGGGACGGGGCAUGGUGCCCGGCGGGGCCCGUUUAUCCCAACGACGCCGAGUUCCUGGAGGUCGACCUGCGGCGCCUGCACUUCCUGACCCUGGUGGGCACCCAGGGCCGCCACGCGGGUGGCCACGGCAAGGAGUUUGCCCGGGCCUACCGCCUCCACUACAGCCGCGACCGGCACCACUGGCUCGCCUGGCGGGACCGCUGGGGCAAUGAGGUGAUCUCUGGGAACGAGAACACCAACGAGGUGGUUCUGAAGGACCUGGGGCCACCCAUCAUCGCCCGCUACGUGCGCUUCUACCCCCGCGCCGACCGCGUCAUGAGCGUCUGCCUGCGCGUGGAGCUGUACGGCUGCAUCUGGCGCGACGGGCUGCAGUCCUACACUGCCCCCCUGGGCCAGACCAUGGUCCUCCAGUCGGAGCCCGUCUACCUCAACGACUCCACCUAUGAUGGCUACAGUGUCAGCAAACUGCAGUUUGGGGGGCUGGGGCAGCUGACGGAUGGCGUGGUGGGGCUGGAUGACUUCACCCAGACUAAGGAGCUGCGGGUCUGGCCGGGUUACGACUACAUGGGUUGGAGAAAUGAUUCCUUCGCCAAAGGCUACAUGGAGAUGGAGUUCGAGUUCGACAGCCUGCGGGCCUUCACUUACAUGAAGGUCCACUGCAAUAACAUGCACACGCGGGGGGUGAGCAUAUUCCGGCAGGUGGAUUGCAGGUUCAAACGCAGCCUCCCUACGGCCUGGGAGCCUGAACUCGUCUCCCACGUGCUGGCUGUGGACGUCAAGGACCCCAGUGCCCGGUCAGUCACUGUGCCCCUGGAGGGGCACUUUGGGCGUUUCCUGCAAUGCCACUUCCACUUCUCCAGCACUUGGAUGCUCUUCAGUGAGAUCGCCUUCCUCUCAGAUGUGGUGGACAAUGUGUCCAUUUCCGGAACAAGCCAUUGGCCCCCGAUGGCUGGCCCCCGGCCCUCGGGCAGGGGUGCUGCAGCCCCACCUGUUCUGGAAGACCCUGGCUCCAAACUUCACAGAGACACCGGGGUCACGUCCAACCUCACACUCCAGGACCUCGAGGUCCAAGGAGAGUCCAAAUCUGGCCAGCCAAUCGCCAAGGAUGAUAACAGCAAUACCUCCAUUCUCAUUGGCUGCCUGGUGGCUAUUAUCCUGCUGCUAUUGGUCGUCAUCUUCCUCAUCCUUUGGAGGCAAUAUUGGAAAAAGAUCCUGGGGAAAGCCCAGCGGAGAAUCUCCGACGAUGACCUGACUGUGCACUUGUCGGUCCCGGGUGACACCAUCGUCAUCAACAACACGAUGAGCUCCCAACGCCACUCGAACCGCUACGAGCGCAUCCAUUCGGGGGAGACCGAGUAUCAGGAGCCCAGCCGUGCCCGCAUGAAAUUGCCUGAGCUUCCCCAUGGUGCUGAGAACUCUGCUCUGCUGCUCAACAACCCGGCCUAUCGGCUCUUCCUGGCCACAUACGCCCAGCCAAUGGGAGGGCUCGCUCGCCCGCCAGCCGACGGGGCUAAGCCAAUCAACACAGAUGCCUGCAGCGGCGACUACAUGGAACCAGACCCUGCCGGGGGCCAGGCCGCUGCGCAGAACAAUGUCCCUCACUACGCCGAGGCAGACAUUAUCAACCUGCAGGGGGUGACAGGCGGGAACACCUACGCCGUGCCCGCUGUGGCCGUGGACGCGCUGGCCGGCAAGGACAUGGCCCUGGGGGAGUUCCCCCGGGGGCGUCUCCUCUUUAAGGAGAAGCUAGGGGAGGGGCAGUUUGGAGAGGUGCAUCUCUGUGAGGUGGAAAGUCCCCAGGAUCUGCCCAUUCUGGAAUUCCCGUUCAAUGUGCGCAAGGGACGCCCCCUGCUGGUGGCCGUGAAAAUCUUGCGCUCUGAUGCUACCAAGAAUGCCAGGAACGACUUCCUGAAGGAGGUGAAGAUCAUGUCGCGGCUGAAGGACCCCAACAUUGUGCGGCUGCUGGGCGUGUGUGUGCGGGACGACCCCCUGUGCAUGAUCACAGAGUACAUGGAGAAUGGGGACCUCAACCAGUUCCUCAGCAGCCACGAGCUGGAGGACAAGCUGGGGGGCAGCACCAGUGAUGCCCCCACCAUCAGCUACCCCACGCUGGUCCACGUGGCGGCUCAGAUUGCCUCGGGGAUGAAGUUUCUGGCCUCUCUCAAUUUUGUGCACCGGGAUCUGGCCACGCGCAAUUGCCUGGUGGGGGAGGGCUUCACCAUCAAGAUCGCCGACUUUGGCAUGAGCCGCAACCUCUACUCGGGGGACUACUACCGCAUCCAGGGGCGCGCCGUGCUGCCCAUCCGCUGGAUGGCCUGGGAGUGCAUCCUCAUGGGGAAGUUCACCACAGCCAGCGAUGUCUGGGCCUUCGGGGUGACGCUCUGGGAGGUGCUGAUGCUGUGUCAGGAGCAACCCUACAGCCAGCUCACCGACGAGCAGGUCAUCGAGAAUGCCGGGCAGUUCUUCCGGGACCAGGGCGAGCAGAUGUACCUGUCCCGGCCCCCUGCCUGCCCCCUGGCUCUGUAUGAGGUGAUGCUGCGCUGCUGGGUCCGUGAGUCCAAGGACCGUCCCUCCUUCCAGCACAUCCACCGCUUCCUGUCUGAGGAUGCCCUCAACAUGGUGUGAGCCAAGCUUGAGCAGAGGGGGGGCCAGCCCAUGUGGACCCCCAGGCAACAGCUUCUAUUCUGCAUCUCUCCAGCUACAGCUGUGGGUCAUCUGUGCAGGAGCUUGGGUGGGGAGCUGGAUCUGGGAACUGGAAGCUUCUCUACUGGGGCGUCUUAAGGGGCAUCUGUCCUUGUGUCUGACCCUACCUCUAUCUGUCCAUCCCUGGCUGGCCAGCCUGCCUGCCACUCUAGCUAGCUAGCUCACUCCUCUCUCCAGGCAUUCCUGACCCUUUCUAUCGAUAUAUUUUUUCAUCCUUUUUUCAUUAUCCCUGUCUCUCUUUCACUCAUUCACACACAGAUUCCAUGUCCCUCUCUCACUUUCUCUCUGUCCCCCCGCUCUCUCUUGUUGCCAUCUCUCAUCCCCUCUACGUCUCUCUAUCCCUCUCUCUCUCACUCCCUUUUUUCCCAUCUACCCUUCCUUGCUCCUUACUCCUCCUUCCCUCAUUCCUUCUUUUUUACUCUUCCCCUCUGUAUCCCUUGAAGGGUGUUUCUUUCUUCCCCACUGCCGUCCUGCAGCGGGGAUGCCUCCAAAAGGGACUUGGCAGAACUGGCUUUGGGGGUCAGACUUAUGUAUUAUUUUAAUUUCACUUGGACUGGACUAACACUGGGGGAAAAAUAGUGCCUUGGUGUCGUGGCACUGGGGUGAACUGAACACUGGAUGUAGGAGUUGCUACUGACAUGGACAGGGGAAGGGAGGGUUGGGGCGAAGGUACGGGACAACAAUGAAAUAGCCUGGAGGCAACCAGGCCAUCCUCAGAGGAGGGAGACUGGUCGGGGGUGGUGGUCUGCUGUAACAAAGCAAGAGACGCUGUUUGUUCUAGAAAGAAAAGGAGUACUUGUGGCACCUUAGAGACUAACAAAUUUAUUAGAGCAUAAACUUUCGUGAGCUACAGCUCACUUCACGAAAGCUUAUGCUCUAAUAAAUUUGUUAGUCUCUAAGGUGCCACAAGUACUCCUUUUCUUUUUGCGAAUACAGACUAACACGGCUGCUACUCUGAAACCUGUUUGUUCUAGCAGGUCCAGAUCCCCAGCUGAUGCCAAUCAACAUCAGUGCAACUACUGCUGGUUGACACCAGCUGGGGAUCCAGGAAUCAUUGUUUGUAAUUUAAUUUUUACUUGCUCCUGAGACUUGGAGCAAGAGAUUGUAGAUAACGUACUAUAGAGUCUGGGGGCAGUGAGAUUUUCACUAGUGACUAGUGUUUUAGGGUGCAUUCAUUUUUGUAGAGGGAAAGAGGCACCAUGCUAAAGGGCCUUCUCAGAAAAUCAAGUGCCUUUAAGGUGCAAAAUCACUAAUCACUUUGCAAAGUCUUGAGCUGAGCUUCCCAAAGGAGGUGAAGGUGAGUGAAGUGCUCAUAGAAAUGAAUGAGCUUUUGAGCACUAAAUUUCCUUAGACUUCUCCGAAAUCCCCAGACAUAUAAAUAAAUGUCAUAACAAUAAAUUUGUUAGUCUCUAAGGUGCCACAAGUACUCCUUUUUCUUUUUGCGAAUACAGACUAACAUGGCUGCUACUCUGAAACCAGUCAUAUUUUUGUUUCCAAGGAGUAAAUAUUGGUGACUGUGAUAUAGAUUUAAUGAUUUGGAUGUGUAUGUUUUUGUCUCUCUCCACCCACACACAACCCUGUCAAAUGCUUUUUAUUCAUUUUUUAAAUUCCUUGCUAACCUUGGUAGUUUUUUUUUUCUUUUUUACUAUUGUUAUUUGGAAACGGGAUCUGUACAUAUUUGGCGAGUAGAGAAAAAAAAAGAUUUUUACACUAAUAUAUAGAUUUUUGUUGUUGUUUAGUUGUUUCCUUUUAUGUGGUGAAUAAAAGCUUUGCAUUUUCUA